GUUAGGGUUAGGAACUGUCGGGAAUUUAGGAAAUUGAAGACCGUGCCCGGCUGCCGGGCAUAUAGCCACAGCAUUUUUUAUUGCUUUAUAAGAGGGAAAUAAGAUGCACUGCGUAGUAUUUUAUUUUAAUUACGGGCAUUUUUACAUUAUAUCGUUUACAGAAAGUUAUGCUGAAUAAUUUUCCUAUUAUUUUGAACUUUUUAUUACUUAUUAUUGCCAAGUAGAUACCUGGUACUCUAGUCAUUAAAGCAACAGUGAAAGAAAUAUUUUGUUAGAAUAUUUCAACAUUAUAUUUCCACAUUUGCCUACUAUAGUGCUAGCUCAUUUAUAUAAGGUGAAUUCACAUCAAUUAUAUUCAGGAUUUGUUAUAAUUAAUAUAACACUAUGUAAGUAUGUUGUCACACAUGUAAAUAAAUUAAUAAUAAUAAAUAAAAUAACGACUUUUUUGUUUUGGGAACAGAGUAUAUUCCGUAAAGCAGACACUUGUCACUAUAUCCUGUGCAGAGCGAGUGACUUAUGUAUACAAUUUGACGUUUAAAAUUUUAAAUAUUUGGCAAUUUGAGUACAUUAUUAUUUGUCUGAUGUGUUUGUAACAUAGAAAUAUAUAAAGAUGAUGAUCACACAAAUGUUAAUUAUAUCUGCCACCCGAGGGCGACACACGAGAUUGUCAACAAGUUCAUAUUCGUGUAUAAUAAUAAUAACCUACGUCAGUACGUGCAUUCGGUCAAGGAAUAGCCGGGAUUUCUUAUAUAGGCACUAAGAUAUGCUUGGCUGUUAAGUCUGUAUUUUUUUCUGUUCGAGAAAUCUCUCCUACUGUAUUUACAUGUGUCUAACAUAUAAACCAUCCCAAUGACCAAGUCAGUCUUGUGGGCAAUUAACUCACAUGGGCAAGUUUACGGCCUAUCAACAGCGGCACCUUAUUGGGAGAAAACUGGUGUGAAUACAGAAAUACAAGACUUUAAGUGUAUAGCUGCAGAAAAAAGUAUUCUGUGGUCAAUUGGCUCAGACCAACAGAUAUAUAUUAAGGUGCUUGCCACUGGCAUACCCAUACGAGUUGAAGAAAGCACAUAUGAGAAUCAGCGCUAUAGAGUGUUUAAAUAUGGCGGGUGGACGGACCAGUUGAUCUUCUCGGACAGAUACAAUUUCAGCAGUGAAGAUGGUACGCAGCAUCUCCGAAAAGAUGGCUUCUCACUUCCCUCUCCAGCAUGGAAGUGGGAGUCAGAUUGGCACAUUCAAGAAAGUACUGGUGGCCAGUUGUUAGGCUCCGAGGGAUGGAUGUUUGCCUUUGACUUCCCAAGAAAAUGGCACUGUGAACAGCAAAUAAAGUCGUUUGUACGGCGCCGAAAGUGGAUAAGAUUCCGAGUAUACACUGCCUUUGACAAGUGGGUGAAGGUACCUGGUCUUGGAAAGGAUUUUACUGAGGAACCAUUCAUUUCGAUUGCUGUUGGUGGUCAGGAGCUUUCAGGCAUGCCUUCGGACUAUCUUGCCGUGUGGGCAGUAACCAUUCAAGGCAGGGUUUUUUACCGACAAGGCAUAGCCCAGAACAAUCCAGAAGGAUAUUCGUGGGUUUGUGUCAGCACAGCUCCAGAAGUGAAUUAUAUUGCUGUUGGUCCUAAUGGCUUGGUGUGGGUGGUCACGUGGAGUGGACGUGUACUAGCCAGAGGUGGAAUCACACGAGAAAACCUCACAGGCAAUGACUGGUAUGAAGUUGAUUCACCCGGAGAUCCAAUUAUCUUGGUUACAGUAGGCAGUAAUGCAGUGUGGGCUCUAGGGAGAGAUGGAAUGGUGUGGUUCCGAAAGGACGUAUGUGGAGUGAAGGCAGGGUCAGACCGAACAGCUUGCAUUGGUACAGGAUGGGUGCAGAUGAUGACCCAUAUGGCACAUUUAUCUAUCGGGCCAAAUGACCAGGUGUUUGGCAUCGGACGCCAUGACAGGAAGCUGUACUAUCGAACCGGCGUAACUGCUGCGGACUUGAGCGGCAAGGUGUGGCGCCCCCUGGAGGCUAAACCUCGCCCAGUUCUCACCAAUGCGUACAGCACCAGUUCUAUGUCGUCUCUCUCGGCCAGAUCAUUGUCGGACGACGAAAGCUUGCCAAAUGUGUAUGGCGAGUCAUUGGAUCCUGGAAUUUUUGUGGAAGAAAUGUUUGGAUCACCGCAGAUAAGUACGAAUGCUCUACGCCGGGAAACGUUAGAAGCUCCGCCUGGUGGCGAUUCCUGCAAUGAACGUGACAGCAAACUGUCCGUCAACGUGGAGCAGGGACUCACGGAAAUCACGGAGAACACAGUUACCGUGACGACUGAGAAGAGUCGCUCCAAGGGCAGUUUUUCGUCGGACGUGUCCGACAACAUCAUUAAUUUCUGUGAGACUGUUGUUUCGAGUGCCGAAGCCGCUUGCGCCACCUCGUUGCAACAGCAGUGCUCUCUGAGUGUCGGCAGUGCAGCUGCUGACGUGAGUAGCAUGCCUCAUGAUUCUGCUGCUGACACGAGCAGAGGAGGUGCCACGCGAGAGUCGGAUGAUUUUGAUCCGGCCGCCUGCAGCCUUUCCUCUCAAAGGUCAAGAGAAACUAGUUUAUCAGAGCAUGAUAGCAGUAGAUGCAGCUCGAUGACCUCCAUGGAUCAAAUAUGUGGCGCUGAACGAGUCCAGGUUGCUGAUUGGCUGACAGGGGGACAGGUCGAGGAUGUUCGUUGGAGCUGGGUCAGCGCGUCGGCAUGUGUUCUCGAACCAAGUGCACCUCCAGAUGAUUGGUUUACAUCAGGCAAAAAGAAGGAAGUGAAAAGUGUUAAAUGGGAAGCUUGGUACAGAGACAUCACAAGGAAACUACGAGAGCGAAAUAAUAGACAGAAACAGCCGUUUCUACAAUACGAGCAUGCUAUUUUCAAGAAAUCGUGGGUUAAAAAGGGAGACAUGCACGUAUGGCACGAACGAAAUGGCUGGAUGGACUGUAAAGUGGAAUUUGAGCAGCUGGGGGCGACACAAGGAACAUCUGAUGGCACUCUUACCUGCAGCUAUUCUAAGCAUCGCGAGUUAAAGCACAUCGUCAUGUUGUCACAUUGUCAUCGCAUUGCUAUUGGUGAGAUCACCUGCAUUCUCCGCAUCAAAGAUCCCACUAAAUACUCGGUCUUCGCUGUCUACACUCCAAAGAGAACCGGAAAGGGGAUGCCACUAAAGCUGGCCACCGCAUCGGACAAGGAAUUGGAAGAAUGGAUGAAAGCACUGACGAUGGGGUGCCGAGAUGUGCGAUGUAUAAAAGCGUCGCCUUCCUAUAAUGCUGCCUGGUCUACCACAGACAGAGGAGACAUAUUUGUGCAUAACAUGCUGCCACAUGUACUGCAAUAUACCAGGGAACCGAACAGUGACCAAUUGUCCCCCAGUCCUGUUGUGCCAAUAAAUUUCCUUCAUGUUCAGCUAAUGUAUUGGUACCAAGUGGCUGGGCAUAUGCAAACUGUAGAGUCUAGCAGUGCAGGCGUUGUGUGGGGCCUAUCUUAUAAUAGAACUCCGUGGUUUUACACAGGAUUCUUAUGCUCUGAUGAAGAGUACAAACAAAUUGAUGUCAGGAAUAUUCAUAUUUAUGAAAAUCAAAGAUGGAACCCACUCACAGGGUAUUCCCACAAUUACAGACUGCCGACAGACAGAGCAGUGUGGAGUGACGAGUCGGGUCGCGAACAGCUGAAUAAGGAGCACAUCAAACCACCGUCGGUGCACUGGCAGUGGAUUUCAGACUGGGCCAUCGACUACUCCCAGACGGAAGGCACCGACAAGGAAGGCUGGCAGUACGCCACCGAUUUUCCCUUCCUGUACCACAAGCGAAAGAGAAUGUCGGACACCGUGCGGCGCCGGCGUUGGUUCAGGAAAUGCCGCCUGGCGACCAGCGGUCCGUGGCAGCAGGUGGAGUCGGUGUCGCUUCAGUGCAUCUCACUGCAGACAGACCCACCUACGUGGCUUCCCGCUAACAGCAACGUCGCCGUGUGGGCGGUCGACCUCAACGGCAAUGUGCUGUGCAGACUUGGAGUCACUAAAGAGUGCCCACAGGGUCUGUCGUGGUCACACGUUCCCGCUGACCAGCCGUUUGUUCACAUUAGCGUGGGUGGAUCCUACAGAGUAUGGGGCAUAGCCAAAGAUGGCUCAGCCUGCUUGCGAAAUGGGGUGCUGCCUCAGCUACCAAAUGGAACGUGCUGGUUUCAAGUGCCACCUCCACCACAUCAUAAGCUCAGUCUAGUGUCGGCUGGGAAAUCUACUGUUUGGGCUCUGGACACCGUCGGAAACCUAUACUACCGUAAAGACGUACUUCCCAUAUUUCCCGAGGGAACAACGUGGCAGUGGGUGUGUGCUGGAAUCCAGCAUGUAUCAGUCGGACCACAUGACCAGGUUUGGGCAAUAGCAAACCUAGCUCACUGGUACUGUUGCAGUCUGCCAAGAGAUCAGGAAUCACCUUAG